CCCGGUCUUCGUGUAGAUCAGUGGGACCGCCGAGUUUCGGCUUCGGUGUUUUCGGGCUGGCUGUUCUUUGUCCUCCAUUAGAGCUCGGAUUCCCAGCCCCAUCGUACGGCGCAGGCCCGAAGUAGCGCAGCCGCUCUGAGUUCGUGUUUGAGGCUAGCAUCACGCGAUGGAGGAGGAGCACAACGUCCACCAAACUGAACACCUGACCACCAUCGAAGAGCACACAGUCCAACAGGUCCACGUGGCCACCUACACCGACCACAGCAUGCUGAGUGCCGACGAGGACUCGCCCUCGUCAGCGGACGACGACGCCUACGACGACUCGGACAUCCUUCACUCGGCCGGCAACGACGAGGUCACGGCGCACCUGGCAGCCGCAGGCCCAGUGGGCAUGGCUGCUGCUGCUGCCGUAGCAACGGGAAAGAAACGCAAGAGGCCCCACAUCUUUGAGUCCAACCCCUCGAUCCGCAAAAGACAGCAGACACGCCUGCUGAGGAAACUGAGAGCCACUCUGGACGAGUACACCACCAGAGUUGGCCAGCAGGCCAUAGUGCUGUGCAUCUCUCCCUCCAAACCCAACGCGUUGUUCAAGGUGUUCGGGGCUGCGCCCCUGGAGAACGUGGUGAGGAAGUACAAGGGCAUGAUUUUGGAGGACCUAGAGAAUGCCCUGGCCGAGCACGCGCCACCUGGGGGGGAGCUCACAUCCGAGCUGCCCCCCCUCACCAUCGACGGCAUCCCUGUCUCUGUGGACAAGAUGACACAGGCCCAGCUGCGGGCGUUCAUCCCAGAGAUGCUGAAGUAUUCAACGGGUAGGGGAAAACCUGGCUGGGGCAAGGAGAGUUGCAAGCCCAUCUGGUGGCCUGAGGAUAUCCCCUGGGCUAAUGUGCGCAGCGACGUGCGCACAGAGGAGCAGAAACAAAGGGUCUCGUGGACCCAGGCACUGCGGACCAUCGUGAAGAACUGCUACAAGCAGCACGGCCGCGAAGAUCUGCUCUACGCCUUCGAGGACCAGGUGCAAGUGCCUCAACACACCACUAUGACCACAGCCAGCAUCGCCCACCUGGUGCCGUCACAGACCGUGGUGCAGACCAUCAGCAACCCGGACGGUACCGUGUCACUCAUACAGGUGGGCACGGGGCAGACGGUUGCCACGCUGGCCGAUGCAUCAGAGCUGCCCGGCACAGUGACUGUGGCCCAGGUCAACUACACCACUGUGAACGACGGAGAGUUUACGUGUGGUGAGAUUUCUGGCGCAAAAGAGCAGUCCAGAGCACACCCAGGUGGGUGCUACACAUUUGUCAUGGACGAGAAUCUGUCAGCGGUGUGUCGCACAUUGCCCAUGGAGGUGUCGCCACAGUACAUUGUUGAGCAGAACUGGGCGACUCUGCAGGGCGGUGAGAUGACCAUCCAGACCACUCAGGCAUCCGAGGCCAAUCAGGCAGUGGCCUCCCUCGCCGAGGCCGCGGUCGCCGCCACCCAGGAGAUGCAGCAGGGCGCCACCGUCACCAUGGCACUCAACAGUGAGGCGGCUGCCCAUGCCGUGGCGACGCUGGCCGAGGCCACCCUACAGGGAGGGGGGCAGAUCGUCCUGGCCGGGGAGACCGCGGCCGCUGUGGGGGCACUGACCGGGGUGCAGGAUGGCAGCGGUACGUACCACACAACCUCUCAACAGCUGCUGUCAGGCCUGGUGCAGAUACCGGUCAGCAUGUACCAGACCGUGGUGACCAGCCUGGCCCAGGGGAACCGGCCGGUCCAGGUGGCCAUGGCUCCGGUGACUACGCGCAUCGACAACACGGUCACACUGGAUGGGCAGGCGGUGGAGGUCGUGACCUUGGAGCAGUGACCCUACCCUCUCCCCUCUGUAGGUGUGUACAGCUGGAGUGAGCUAGUCCAUCUCCACACACCGCGCUCUGUACAAUGUAAAAAUAUUUUUAAUGUACAUUAUUAGCAGGAUAAUAAAAAGCGAUGGAUUUAUCAAUGAAUUGUGUUCACUAUGUAUAUAUGGUAGAAGAUGUUUUUUUAUUAGCUUCUAUAUUUUUUUUUUUUGCUUUUUUCUUUGUGAUGUUGAAAAUUGUGUAACAAGGGUUAGAGAGUAUUUCUUAUUUAUUUCUUUACACCUUUUAGAGAAGAUUAACCAAAAAGCCAAGGGGUAAGCCACCACCAUCUCUAUCACCGUCCCAUUAUUUAAGUUUACGGAUUAGGUUACUGCUCGAGUGUUCAUGUUUAAAGUGUUUUAUGUUUUCUUGAUAAAAUGCGGUUACCAAAUCAGUGCCAUAUUCACAGAUAACAAUCCCUGCCCUGUGGUCAUAGAUUUCAUAUGCACUCAGAUUUCACAACCCAGGAACAGUUCCACAAAUUCCAUCUCCCCUAUUACUCAAUGUUCCUGUUGGACCAGGAAUGUCAAUAAAGCUUCCCAAUCUCAAAUGUCCACUGUAAGACACCUUAAUCUACCAUCACCCCAAUGACAUGUUUUUUUGAAAUAUGAGUCCCUUCUGUGUGGUGUAUUCCCUGUCCUAUUGUACUGUAGUCCACAUGCUGGGAUUUGUAAAGACUCAGGAUAUGUUGGUACUGUUUCUUUUGUCCUGGACAUUUGACCUCCCGGCUCUGCGACCAUUUUGACUCCAGAAAGUGAAGUAACACCAUUGUCAUCUCAGUGAGUAACAUCCCUCCCUUUGAGUAUUUUUUUUUUCCACAAAGAUGCUCCUUUUUAUGUCAGUUGUAGGAACAGGGUUCUUAAUCAUUUUAUAAAUUGGGGGGGGGGGGGGCGGGGGAGGGUGCAGUACUGGAUACUACAGAGCUUUUUUUUUUUUUUAUCUGUUUGGAAUACAUUUGAGUUCUGUGUAAACUCAGCUCCCUUCAGGAUCCUCUGUCUGUUGUAAAGAGUAAUGUGGGGAAAUGAAGGUGUCAGAAAUGUGAAUUCAUUUGUCAGAAAGGAGCCAGAUUGACACCAAGCCUGCAUUAAACUCCUAAUAAAUUGUCUACUGUG